CGCUGUAUUCUAAAGGUACUAUAAAACAUCUUCUGUUUUCUCAAGAAUUUGAAACCUGAAAGAGUUGGGGAGGAGUCCCUUACCCCCAAAUAAAGUAGUAUAUUUCAUGAUAUUUUAUGACCUGAGCUUCCAGCUCAGGUCAAUUUCCAGCUCCAUUUGACAAAGGCUUCUGAAUAUCAUCUACCAGUAAAUUAGAAUUGAAGAUUGAUCUAAAGACAAACAUACUCCACGUAUCUACAGUAGUACCAAUGCCUUGUUAUUCCUGCAAAGGAAAUAUUCCUCUGAAUAACACCCUCAUGGAGCAGUAAACAAAACUUCACUGGGUUAAAUGCCUUCGAGAUUUAAUUGGGUGCUGCUGACUCUGAUAAUGGAGGGAGGAAUACAUAACUGUGUGCAGUAAAGGAGGUUGCUCUCCUGGGCUCUCUUAAUGGGAUGUGCAUGGUAGAUAAUUACAGAACAACUCUACCUUCUUCCCUUCCUCAAAAAUACAGAGUUUCUCCUGUUUUUAUCAAACUCGUUCUUACAGGGAAAAAAAAUAUCAUUUAUUUGCUAUAGUAGGCAAUAUGUAGAUAACAUUUUUCUUGUUAUUUUUCAAUUUCUGCUCCCUCCCUUUUGCCCUGAGACAUAUUUGUUUAUAUAUAGAAUAGUGCCUUGUCUACAACACAGUAUGUUGUCUUUGAUUCAGGGCAAACACAUACCUCAAGGGCACACCUUUCCACUCAGCUGUUCUGAAUUAAUUCUUUAUGAAAUCUAUUCUCAAAUGCACACAGACUUGAGUAUUCAUAAAUGGUUGGGGAAAGGGCUUGCUCGUCUGGCUGCAAGCUUGCUCAGACCUACUGAGGAAAAAAACCUGUCUCUCAACUGAUGUUAUUUUAAUUAUUCAGUCAAGUCACAUUUAUGUUAGGCACAAAAGCAGUGGGAAAAUGUACAAGUGAGCUGAAAUGAGCAUACUCAUAUUCACUUUCUACUUACAGUAGUGGAUAAACAAUGGUAUACAUAGCUCUCUAUCAGUCUGACGUGAAACACCAAGUUCUUGACAGGAUGGUUUCACCAAGCCAAAAACAAAGGAGCCCAAACAGGUCCAUUAAAGCAAAGUGGUUUCUAUGUUUACCAUUUAUUUCUCAUUGUUGUACUUAAUCUAUUAAUGUAACUGCAUCAGGAAAGUCUCAUUUGUCUCACGGCUCCAGCGUAUGAGCUCCUGAGCAUCUCCUAGGAAAUAAGUGACUGCAAUUUUUCACUUCACAGAGCAGAGUGUGCUCACCUCGCCGCAGGACGGAGCUUGUGCAGCUCUACCCUCAUAUGCAGCAAUGACGCAACUUUGUUAAUCUACCCUGAUGCAUAUUUUCCCCAAGAAGUAUGCUAAAUAUGGCAGAAACUAAGACCAUCCAGCUUGGAGCAGCCUGUGCUGUCACGUUUUUCUUUGUCCUAAUCUGUUGGGCUGAUGCAGCUUCAUUCCAGCAGUACCAGCUGCUUCAAAAAGACCCAGACUAUGUAAUGAAAAACUUACAGAGGCUCCCGAAUCCUGAUAUGAUCAAAGCUUUGGAAUACAUAGAAGAUCUUCGCAAGCAAGCUAACAAGGGAGAAAGCAUCCCUGAUUACAACUCCUUUCAAAGUGUCCCAUAUGUCCUGCAACAGAAAGAAAACAAAGAUCAGGUUCACCUACCAGAAAAUGUAAGGGAUUCUUUGACUGAAGAUGAGUCUCAGUGGGUCAAGGUUAUGUUGGAAGCCUUGCGGCAAGCUGAGAAGGAGUCAAAAGCUGGCACAAAGGAAAAUAAACUUUAUGGUCUGAGCUCAGAUAACAGCUUUCCAGCUGGAGUAACCGAUGAUUACGAGGCUUACAAGUGGCCUGAGAGGUGGCAAAAAUAUCUCAAAAUGCCUUUUGGCCACUAUGAAGACAGUUCAAGAGACAGUCCUUUCAAGCGUACUAAUGAAAUAGUGGAGGAGCAAUACACACCCCAAAGUCUUGCUACACUGGAAUCGGUGUUUCAGGAGUUGGGGAAGAUGGCAGGACCUGGUAAUCACAAGAAGGAGAGGCUGGAUGAAGACCAGAAACUGUAUGCAGAUGAUGAAGAUGAUGUGUAUAAAGUAAAUAACAUUGCCUAUGAAGAUGUGGUUGGAGGAGAAGACUGGAAUCCCAUAGAAGAAAAAGUGGAAAGCCAAACCCAGGAAGAGAUAAAAGAUAGCAAAGAGGAAAUUGACAAACAUGAAGAGGAAGUUGAUGAUGAAAUGAAGAGGUCAGGGAAACUCAGCUUCCUUGAGGAUGAAAUGAGAAGAGAGAAUAAAGAUCAAAUGUCAGAGAAUGUUUCAAAGUUAAUGAAUUAUUACCUGAAGAGGCUGAUGGGCAGUGCUGGAAACAGGAAACUAAGGACUGGAGGAGAGCUUGAGGAGAAAAGAGCAGCCUCAAUUUUGGACAAGCAACUCAACCCUCAGUCUAUAGCUCAGUUAAUAGAAAUGUCAAGGAAUUUACAAAUUCCUCCAGAGGAUUUAAUAGAUAUGUUGAAAGCUGGGGAGAAAAAACAGCUUCAGAGUGAAAGGUUGGAAGCUGAGCAGGAAGCAGAAUUCCCAGAAGACCUCGAUGAGAUCACUGAAACUAAUCUGGGACAGAGUGACAUAUUUAAAAAUAAUGUAAACUCUAAAAAUGGGUACAUGAAGCAGCCUCUUAAUGCAAUUCCAGAAAAUCUACCUGAAGACCUCAAUAUUGAAGACAUUGUCAGUCUUCUGGGAACUGGCAAUUUAGGUAAUCAGAAUCCCUCCUACUUACUAAAUCGUCUUAAUCAAGAAAAUGAUUUGCCAAGACUGCCUUACAUUCCCAGAAGACUGAAAGGACGCCCAGUUCCCAAAUCUGCGUGGAUUAACGAUUUGGAAAGGCGACAAAUGGAGUACGAGAAACUGGAUGAGAAGGAUGAAGAGCUGGCUGAUUACUUGGCAAAGAUGCUGGCAAAAUAUCCCGAAGUUAUCAACGCGAACCAGAUGAAAAGAGUUCCCGUUCCAGCUUCUGAAAGCGACUUGCAGGAAGACGAGAGGCUGGAGCAGGCCAUCAGAGAGCAACUGAGCCAGCUGGGACCACAGGAGGCUGCGAGGCUGGCUUCACUCAGCAAAAGGCUCUCCAUGGCUGGGGACACCGAUGACACGCAAAACAGGCAGUAUCUGGACGAGGAUAUGCUGGCAAAGGUGCUGGAGUAUCUAAAACAGGAGAAAUCAGAGCUUGAAAGAGAUCACAUUACUAAACGGGCAAUGGAAAAUAUGUAAUUGUUCUCCAAAUAUGAUUUCUCUCCCACGUGUUGACUUCAAUCCCAAUUCAGUUGUGAUUUACUCCCGCUCUCCCACUACACAACUUCUGGUAGACUACUUACCAUUGAACAGUCUGCAUAUCUUUCUCGGAGCUGUUAUCUUGUUUAUUGAUAUACUUAUGUAUGUUAUAAAUUAUGGGGCAAAUAACAAGUUGCUUCAAGUGUUUUAAGAAACAAUUUAAUGAAAUCAAGUAAAACUAUAAUAUGUAAACAAAUGACCUUCGCAUUGUUAAUAAAACAUGAUAAAUGAAGAGUGAGAAUUAUCAUUUGAAAUUUUUAAGAUUAACUGGAUUAUUUUGUUACUGUCUGUAGUGUUUUUUGUGGAGUAUCGAAUAAAAAAAUAAAGCAUUA